CUUAAACUUUAUCACAUGUCUGGUUUAUUUAAUUUUUUAUUGUUUUUCCCCUUGAUAAACAAAAUUGGAACACUCGUUUUAGCGAAUGUGGCGUCAAAAAACAAUUAUGUGCGUAUAAAGCCCACUGCAAGCUGAAAAUGUUAUUUAUUUAUUUAUUUAUUAUUGUGCCGAGCGUUUCAAUAACUGAAACGGCCAACAUUUUGGGAAUUAUGCCUUUUCCUGUGAAAAGUCACUCGAUUUUAUUCGAGACCCUCCUGAAACGUCUUGCUGAAAAAGGGCAUGAAGUUGAUUACGUCACGCAUUUUCUUUCCGAAAAAACCCCAGAAAGAUACAACGAGUUAAGCAUUCGUGGAAGCCUUCCAUUAUUUCACAAUAAUUUUUCAGUUAAAGCUUUAAAGGAUCAUUCCGUUUACGAAACGAUAAAAUUUGUGACAACGUCUGGAGGAGUGGAUGCUAAUUCCGCAAUUAUGAAAACUGCAGUUUUGCAAAGUCUGAAAAACACAACGAAACAAUACGACUUAAUUAUUACCCAUCUUUUUGGUUCUGAUGCAAUGUUGGGUUUUGGGCACUUAUUUAACGCCCCCAUUGUGUCUAUAACGACCUGUGCGGUUCUUCCUUGGGCACACGGACGAAUCGCAAAUCCGGAUAAUCCGUCUUAUGUCCCAAAUUUUUACACCAGUUUUCUCCCCAAGAUGAAUUUGUACGAAAGAAUCGAGAAUACAAUUUUGUGGAUAAUGACCAGAAUUUGGUAUAACUACCUGACCAUGGCUCCCUCAAACCGCUUGGUUAAAGAUUUUUUCGGACCUGAUACACCGUCUUUGGAAAAUCUCAUUCAAAACACCAGUCUUGUGCUCGUUAAUAGUCAUUUCAGCAUGCAGCAGGUUAGGCCAACUGUGCCAAAUUUCAUAGAAGUUGGGGGGCUCCACAUACGCGAACCUCAGCCACUACCAAAAGAUUUGGAAAAUUUAGUCAGCAAUAACACGUUCGGAGUCGUUUACUUGUCGAUGGGUUCGAUGGUUAUAACUGAAACCUUCGAACCUGAAAUUCUCCAAGCAAUGUUUGACGCUUUUGCUGAAUUGCCGUACACAGUUUUGUGGAAAGCCUCGCCUGAAAAAUUUCCCAAGGGCUUGACAAUUCCCGAAAAUAUUCACUUUAAAACGUGGAUGCCUCAGAUUGAUAUUCUAUGCCACCCUAAUGUGAAAUUAUUUAUUAGUCAUGGAGGUUUGUUAGGUAGCCAGGAAGCCGUCUAUUGUGCUGUUCCACGAAUUGGAAUUCCACUUUAUGGUGACCAAGAAGCUAAUAUUCACAAGUCUGAAAAAUUGGGAAUUGCGAUAAAACUGGCUUAUGGGAGUAUAACCAAAGACAGUUUUCUUGAAACUGUUAAGCGAGUCCUUGAGGAUUUGAGCUACAGGCACAACGUUCAGAAAAUCUCCCAAAUAUUCAAAGAUCGUCCCAUGUCGCCUUUGGACACUGCAGUUUAUUGGGUCGAAUAUGUAAUUAAAUACAAAGGGGCUCCACAUUUGCGUUCUGUGGGUGCCGACUUGCCGUGGUAUCAGUAUUAUUUAAUAGAUGUUGCUGUUAUUUUACUCUUUGGUUUGUUUGUACUUUUUUUGUUAAUUGUUUACAUACUUAAAUUGAUAAUGUAUUUCAUGUACGGUAAGCAAAAACAUAAAGUCGAAUAAUUAACAAAUGUUAGAACGCAAUGCAUAUUUUUAUUGUGUGAUUAUGAUAAUGUAUUACUUUACAGAAAUAAAUGCACUUUUUCUAAAAAUACAA